CCCUCUCUCUUCUCCUUAUUCCAACCUUCUCUGUAAGAAAACCACACUCGGAGCUCUCGUUCUUCUCUUCUGGUCAAAGCUGUAGAUCACUGUUUGAAGUUCUAUUUUCUUUGAAGCUUAUCUGCUCCACAAAUCUGUGCUGCACAUCAAUGAGUCGCAAUAAGAGAAAGGAACAUGUAGACACCCCUACAACAGAUAAGUCGAAGGCUGAAUGGGAUGUGAGAGCCUUAGAGAUUUACAUCAAACUAUGCUUGGAUCAAGUCUACAAAGGAGAACGGUCUGGGACAACUCUUACAAAGAAUGGUUGGAUUGUUGUAAAGACUGAAUUCAACAAGGCAACUAAUAGAAACUAUGAGAAAAUACAAUUUCGAAACAAGUGGGAUAAUCUUAGGAAAGAGUGGUUAGCAUGGGAUAAGUUAUUUUCCAAAGAGACAGGCUUAGGAUGGGAUGAGGAAAAAAAGACUCUUGCUGCACCUGAUGAGUGGUGGGAGAAAAAGAUUAUGGAAAAUAAACAAUAUGCAAAGUACAGAUAUAAAGGACUUGCAUAUGCUAAUGAAUUAACUAUCUUAUUCAAAGAUGUGGUAGCUACUGGAAAACAUGCAUGGGCACCCUCUUCUAGAGUUUUGCCUAAUGAAGAAGGUGAAAGUGCUGAUGGGUAUCGUCCUACCUUUGAGAGUGGGUGCAUAAAUCUUGACGAAGGAUCGGGGGACAGUGAUGAAAUUGGAGGAGCUGGUGAGGGAGCAAGUGUUGGAGUUAGUGCUGAAUUUGGAAAUAUUAAUUUAAGCAACGGAUAUGGAAACAGCAGUGAUAAAAGUGGAGGGAAGAGGAAGAGAAUUGAAAAUGCUGAAAAAGCUAGUAACAAGAAGAUGGUGAAUGUCCCUGCCUCUAAAAAGAUAGCAGAUGCAAUAAGUAGGAUUGCAACUGCAUCCGAGUCACGCUCAACUACUGUAAACAAACUCGUAGUGCCUGGUGUAAGAUCAAGUUUUGAUCUAGUAGUACAACUCUAUGUUUUGAUGAUUACAAGUUAACCUUUUGAUAUGAACAAUUGUGGUACUCUAACGUGUUUUUCUGAGUGUGCUAUUUAUAGGCUCUAACCUCAACUCAAUCUCACACAAAUCAGAAGCACUGUGUAUAAAGAGCAACCCAAGCAACGCUUUCGCAUUCACCAUGUUCAGUAUGAACAGUGGAAAAGCUUCAGAAGUUCUGAAGUUAUACAAACUCUGAUGUGGACUCAGUCACUAGAAGUUCUGAAGAUCCAGAAAGUCUGAUAACCAAGAAACACUGAAGGCUCAGAUGUUCUGAUGGUGUAGAAGACUCUGAAGAUCCAGAAGCUGAUUAGUGAAGUUCUGAUGUCCAGAAGCAAGAUACUCUGAAGACCAUGUUCUUCCCUCUGAGUUCAGAAUCAGAAGAAACAAUGGUCAGAGGAUCUGGGCUUUCCCUCUGACUCUGAUCAACCGGCUUCACAAGUUCCAAUAUGAAGCAUUCCCCUGAUCAGAAGUCUCCUAGGUUUAAAGGUCGCGUCGCUAUCCAAGUACAAAAGCAACUGUACCUUCCUGACGACCUACCUAACAGUCUCAGACACAUCAGAAGCUGGAUUUUCCAGAACUGCCCUCCAACGGUAGCAUUUCCCAUGCAACGCUCAACCCUAAUCCUUGGAGUAUAUAAAGAGGCUGAAGACUGAAAGAAACGGCUAGAAGCAUUCACAUACGCGCAAGACAAACUUAAAUUCUUCUAAGCUUUCUUUCAUCUGAAAUUCAUUGAGUUUACUAUUAGCUUUUUAGAAGCAAAUCUCUUGUAAACAAUUCUUUGAUAAACAAUUUGUUUAGUUCCUUUAGGAGAUCA